CGUCCCCACUGGCACAGUUCCUCUGGACUCUACCCUGAACAGGACCGGAACGCGGAGAUUUAAACGCAGAAAGAUGUAUAUGAAGCUGCUGGCUGUCGUGGCUACAUUGGCCGUGGUGAUAUACUCACCUCCAUCUGAUGCAAAGCCCAUCAGCCUGGUGGAGCGAUGCUACUGUCGUGCAACCGUUAACACCCUCCCAAAGGGUUUGAUCCGGGAGCUCAGAUUCCUCCACACACCUAACUGCCCCUUCCAAGUGAUUGCCAAGCUGAAGUCAAACAAGGAGGUGUGUUUGAACCCAGAGAUGCGGUGGCUGCAGCAUUACCUGAAGAACGCCAUCAACAAGAUGAAAAAAUCCAAGCAGGCCAAGUAAAAUGUCUUCAAGAGAUCCUCCCCAGUCACUCCUGCGAAUUUUGGCCAGCAUCACGUAUAAAUAUAUAUAUAUAUAUAUAUAUAUAUAAAUAUAUAUAUAUAUAUAUAUAUAAAAUGCAAGAUCUUCUGGUAUGUCGUAAAAAUGCAAGAUCUUCUGGUAUGUCGUACAGCACUUAUCUUAGCUGCUCUGCUGCAGCUCUUUUGCAUGGAUUGAGACUCCAACUCUUCAUGAUGAACACCUGUUCCUGGAAUCAUCUUCUCUAUCCCCACUUAUAACAAAUAUUCUUACUGCAAAGUGCCAGAAUAUCUGAAUGUAUGUUUUGCCAAAUUUGUAUAUACUUUUUGAUUUGCCAUUCAACAGUAAAUAUUUUUGGAGGUUCAGUAGUCCUUCUGGCCUUUAUGUCAUUAAAGAAAAAUGUAUCUAACCUGAGGGUCAAGUGUUUAAAGAGGAGGGAUGUAUAUCCCAACAUCCCCCCUGUUUAUUAAUCUGGAAAUAUAUCUCAUUCUAAACAUGCUUAUCCUGAUGGUUUGUGACCAAUGAGUGGUUCCUUUUUCAAAAGAACAAACAAGCUAAUUGGCACCAAGGAAUUUAGGUGGGUGCCAGCUAUGCCAGACUGAACAUAAGAUGUGCAUAAAAGCCUUAUAAAAAUGUCAAUUCCAAUGUUAGUAAUGGAAAUUUGGAUGCCAGUAAAGAUGGGGCAUUUCCUGAGCUAUUGCUGUGAUUUAGUGAUUUAUCCACUUGUGCUAUUUUCUUAACUUGUUGCAAAUAAAAAAAGAACAUCUGGUUCCUAAAUUGUUUCAUUUGAGCAGCCAAUACGUUAAAAUUUACUGGAACCAUAAAGUUGAAUCAGUUAACAAGAAGCCUGGAAAACAAAUUGUAAUGCUCCCCAGUCACAUCUGGCAGACUUUAUAACCUUUUGGUUUGUGUUAAAGAAAGAUGCACAACAAUCUGACAGCAGUGUCUCCACCACCAGUUAACACACAGAGAAAUACUGGGAGCUGCAGAGAAAGUAGUCUUAAAAUGUACAUGAAUGUGACUACCUAGAACCGCCAUGCAUAUAGUGAUGCACUUUAAAUGUGAUGUAUUCAUGUGUUGACAGCAAAUCUCUCUCUUACUCUGCUUGCUUACUUCUGUCCUGGUUUUUUAUGUUUAGGUCUUUUUGAUCACUGAAUGUUUAGCUGCAGCAAACUGUUUAAAUUUGGGAGAUUUAUCCAUGUAUUCAUUUUACUCUCCCGUUCAUAUGUAAUAUUAACGAUAUACAAAUGUUUUAUUUUUGUACUCUUACACAUUUUUAUAUUGCAUUCAAACAUUUAAAAUGAAGGAACUGUAAUCUCACAACUGAGCCAUGCAGCUUUUUAUAUUGUAAAACUUGUAUACAUCUGUUGAGUAAAAAAAAAAAAAAAAGAAAAUCUU